CUCUUUCCCAGUGUUUCACGAUUCCCUCAUUCGCAUCUCCUCUCUCUCUCUCUCUCUCUCUCUCUCUCUCUCGCGAUCUCUCGAGCGAUCUCGCGAAGGAGCAUCAAUGGCGCCGUCGACGGAGAACGGGGAGAAGCUUUCGCCCGCGGAGGAGCACUCCCGCAAGGCCUUCGGCUUGGCGGCCACCGACUCCUCCGGCCACCUCUCUCCUUUCGCCUUCUCUCGCAGAAACAAUGGCGAAAAUGAUGUGACCAUAAAGAUACUCUUCUGUGGGAUCUGCCAUUCGGACCUUCACAGCAUAAAGAACGAAUGGCGAAACACCAUUUACCCAAUUGUGGCUGGGCAUGAAAUCGCUGGUCUGGUCACCGAAGUAGGAAGCAAGGUCCAGAAGUACAAAGUCGGCGACAAGGUUGGCGUGGGCUGCAUGGUGAAUUCAUGCCAAUCCUGCAACAACUGCAACCAAGGUUUCGAGAACUACUGCCCUGGCAUGAUCCUGACCUACAACUCCAUUGAUAAAGACGGAUCCGUUACCUAUGGUGGAUAUUCGAACAUGAUCGUCGUCAACGAGAAAUUUGUUAUUAAAUUUCCUGAAAACCUCCCUCUUGACAAGGGCGCGCCACUUUUGUGUGCGGGCAUUACUGUUUAUAGCCCGAUGAAGUAUCAUGGGCUAAAUGAGCCUGGGAAGCACCUCGGGGUGGUCGGGCUUGGCGGGCUGGGCCAUGUGGCAGUGAAGUUUGGCAAGGCGUUUGGAUUGAAGGUGACGGUGAUCAGCACUUCGGCAAGCAAGGAGAAGGAGGCAAUAGAACGGUUGGGAGCUGAUGCUUUCUUGAUCAGUAAAAAUCCUGAACAGAUGCAGGCUGCAAUGGGCACCAUGGAUGGUAUCAUCGACACUGUUUCUGCUCCUCACUCCAUCCCGCCUCUCUUGGCUCUACUUAAAGCCACUGGGAAGAUGAUCAUGGUGGGCUUACCUGAGAAGCCCCUGGAGAUACCUGCGUUCUCAUUGAUCAUGGGUGGAAAGAACUUGGCGGGAAGCUGCAUUGGUGGGAUUAAGGACACCCAAGAGAUGCUGGACUUUGCCGGGAAACACGGCGUGACAGCCGACAUCGAGCUCAUCAGCGCGGAUUACGUGAACACGGCCAUUGAGCGGCUCGUCAAGGCCGAUGUUCGAUACCGAUUCGUCAUCGACAUAGCGAAUAGCCUGAAUGCUGCCUAAAAGGAUUUAAAUAAAUGGUUUGCAGUUGUGAGGAAAUCUAGUAGACUUAAUUUCUUAGUUACGUCGGGAGCGAGCCUUCCUAUUACUUUUAACUUUGGAGCUUUUGUUUUGGUGAGAUAACGUGGUAAUGUUUGUGUUGUGUGUUUCACUGUUUUGUAGUUAAAAGGUUGGUGUAAUCGUUGUGACUAUGGUAUCUUGUAGCGAAAUCACUGUGCCUCCCUUUCUCCUAGCUUAAAUAUUACUGCGAGUUACCUGUUUAGCAUUUA